AUGGCCACGCCGACUCGGCCGAGGAUAUGGUGGGCGAACGGGUCGGUCUUCGUUGCCAUCCACCUAGCAACCGCACUCGGCUGCUAUUCAUACCCUUACUAUGCCGUGUCGCGCUACACACUAUUGCUAUCUUUCCUGCUUUUCCAAAUGGCAGAGUUGUCCAUUACUGUCGGUUACCAUCGUCUAUACUCACACAGGGCGUUUCGCGCGAGCCUCCCUGUGAGGAUAGUCGUGGCGCUACUUGGAGCCAGCGCGAUGCAGGGCUCUAUCAAGGACGCUGGCAUUGUGGUACUGCGGCUUGUACUCACCAACCUCCUGACAAGGUACGCGGCUACGCGUGGCUUCUGGUGGGCACACAUGGGCUGGAUCUUCUUCAAGCCCCGGUAUGAGCGCCUCGAGUUAAUCGACCAAGCCGACCUCGUCAACGAUCCAGGUAUGUCACGCCAACAUAGACAUGCCAUACUGGCAUUCUCAGUACCAUUGGCCGUGAGCCUGGGGCUCGUACUGCCGCCGUGCAUAGGCGCACUGUGGGGUGAGCCAGGAGAAGCGUUCGUCUGGAGCGCCCUUGUGGCGAGACUGCUCAUUUGGCACUGCACGUUCUUCGUGAAUUCCCUCGCUCAUUGGGACGGCCUGCAGCCGUACUCGGAUGAGAACACGUCCAAGUCGAACUUGUUUCUCGCCCUCCUUACCUGUGGUGAAGGAAACCAUAACUUUCACGCAUUCCCUCAUGACUACCGCUCUGGUCCCGCACCGUACGACUGGGACCCGUCCAAGUGGAUGAUUCUCCUGUUGAAGCGGCUUGAAGACGUCAGCGAGGCGCGCUUCUACAUGCUUCACAAGCACGCCGGCGAAAUCAGCGGAAGUGACGACUCGACUGACAGUUCUUCUGGGGACGAUACUGACCUUCCACGCGCUUCUGAUAUGGAGACAUGGACCUUGGCGGAUGUGAACAGGCAUGUCGACGGCGGCCGCUGCGUUGUCGUACUUGAUGGGUUCGUGGUGGACGUCACAGGCUACUUGGGCGAACACCCCGGAGGAGCUGUUUUGCUUCGCAAGUACUCCGUUCGAUCGCAAGAGACUCAUCAGGACGUCUGGAAGCAAGCUGACUGGGCGUUCCACGGCGGCAUGAACAUCCAUUCGCGGGCUGCGCGGAGGCGCAUGAGGCAGUUGAGGGUAGCCAGGCUGGUAGACGGCAUGCAAGAUGUCACGGAAGAAUCAAGAUAUGGAGACGAUAGAUGGUAG